AUGCGUAAUGUAGAGCUUUUCGGUUACGCUAGAUUUUUUACUGUAACCAUCAAAUACCUCAUCAUGUCGCUGUCAGCACUUGGUGAAAGCGUGAGAAGACAGUUGCUUGACAGUUCUUUACCAUUCGACUUUAUCAACGUUCAGAUUCGCAUAUGGGAAGAUUCGGGGGUGGUGAACGAGGCAGCUAUUGUGGAUGAGACUGUCGACUUCCUGUCACCCGUUUUCAUAGUGUCGGGCGUUGGGAUUGGAAUUGCCUUCCUCAUACCGAUUGUCGGCUCUUUGAUAUCGUGGGACUGUUGUUGCAAACCCAAACAGAAGAGCGAUAGUGAUACCCAGACUGCAGCGUCUGCUGAGCGCAGGGCUUCACCUACUCUUGUGCGAGUGGGGUCACAGUGGUUGAGGCUCUCUGUGUUUCUGUUGUCUCUUUUUAUUGGAUUUGUGAUGGUUGGCUUCGUUGGUAUGCUUCUUGUUGCCAAUCAGUCAAUGCAUUCUGGAAUGGAGGAUGCGUCAUCGUCGGCUGCUGGAGCUUUGGAUGUUGUCGAACGUUAUGUAAAUGAGUGGGUGGGCGGCUUUCGUUUUGCUACUGUAGAUGGAUCCAAGGAUGUGUAUAACAGUGUGAAACGUGAUAUUUUAGACCCUCUUCCUCAACGUGUUUCUGUUGCAUUGACUGAUGAGUUUCUAGCUGAUGCUUCAGAGUUGGUGUCUCGUGUGAAGUGGGCUGGAAGGCAAGCAAUGAGGACUCAUAGUUUACUCUCCUUGGUUAAUGAUACAACAGGUGAUCUCCAAGGUUCAAUGGGAAAAGAGUUCAUAAGAAAAUUGAAUGAACUGACCCAGGCUGUCGAAACUGUACUUCAGCUGUGUAAUUCAACUCUUCAAUAUGAUCCUUUGUCACCUGAUGGUUCUUCAGUCUCUCCGCCCACACAGAAACUGUUAUUGGCUUGCCAGCAGAUUAUUGAUCACUCUCACCUUCUUGUACCUCGACCAUCUAAGGUGACAUCAGAGAUAUUUGAAUCUCUUCCAUUUGUGUACACUCCUAUGAGAGAAAUUGAUAAAGUAGUGCAGUAUGAUUUGAUAAAUGCAGCAGAAACCAGAAGCACUUAUUUUUCCCAAGACAUUCUUCAUCAUGUAGACAAAGAUGUACAGGUGUCUGUCAAUGAUGCUUUGAGGGUUGGAAAAGAGAAGCUACAAUCUGCUGAGAACUACUUUGAUGACAUCAAGAAGUCAGUAAAUGACAUGCUCAACAAGUCACUCGGUCUUCCUGGAAGCAAACAUCGGGCUAAAGACUCGAUUGACAAAUAUGUUCUGACAUAUGAGCGAUAUCGCUUUGAUUUAUCAUGUGUACUUUGCUCUGCGGUUUUGAUUGCUGUUGUUGUGUUGCUGAUGAGUACAGCUGUAGGCGCUUGGAGGUCAGCGAUACCUCUACAAAUGUCUGCUGCUGCACGAGAUCAAGCACAUUUUUGUGGUCGCCUCUUGUUUAAAAUUGAGUCUGUGUUUCUUCUGCUUAUCUCAUUGUCAUUGGUACUAUUUGCCGUUCUGGUGUUUGCGGCAUCUGUUGUUGGUGCAAGCUGUGGGUCAAGUAGGAACUUUUCAGAAAUUAUUGAUAACGUCAUCGACAAUGAGGACAACUGGAAUGGAUAUCUUUUGUCGAAACAUAUUCUUCAGUUAGAGAAUCCUCACUAUCCUCUCACUGUGCAACAGGCUUUGAUUGAUUGCAAUGCUGGAAAAUCUGCAUGGGAUGUUUUUCAUAUUUAUAAGAAAUGGGAUCUUGAUACAUUGCUUAAUUUUACUAAUACACUCAAUGCUCAUCUUGACAAUGUAACAAACGUGGAGGUUCCACAUGUUGAUCUGCUUGGCGGGGAUGCCAACAGUUAUGUGCAGAAACUAAGGGAUGCUGGCGUACUGUCAGUAAGAUGGACAGAUUGUGUACAUGCUUCAACAUCUGCACUAUAUGCUGGUGCGACUGGAAACUUCACUCGUCUCAGAGCAGAAUUGCUUUCAUUGAGCAGUGUUGUGGCUGAAAAACCAUCCUCACCUAGUCAUGCUCUUCUGAUUGCUGCUGUUCAACGUGUACUAGACAAGUUGCAUCCUGUUAAAACAGUGCAAACAAAUCUUGAGACAGCACAGCAAACUCUGAAUGCUUCGUGUGUUGAGUUGAGUAACUUUGACAAUGUACGGACAACAGUGGAGGGAGAUCUCCGGCGUUUUACUGAGUUUGAUCAAAGAUUCAAUGGACAGCAUGGAGCGGCUGCAGUUCUCACUGCUUCAAUUCAGUCGGCUGUAUCACGUGUUUCAGACGCAUCUCGUGCACAUACAGCAAUUACUAAGUAUACAAUACAGGAAGAAUUAGGCAUUUGCACGCCACUGCAAGCCACAUUUAAUGGAACAGUGUAUCCAACCUGUAACAAAUACUUAGAUGGAAUGGAUGAAUUCUGGGUUGCUUUGGUCAUGAAUGCGGUUCUGAUGGUGUUUGCAAUGUUACUUUCUCACCACCUAGCAUACUUCUUUCUUGAUCAAGAACAAUGGAAACAAGCAAAGAAAUUUAUAUUUUGCAAAGAUCUUGUGUAUCGUGUGUUUGCUACAGGUUGGUUUUUGCUCGAUUUUAUUCUAAAUAUUAUCAUUGUACACAAACUGCAUAGUGAUGAUUUCCGGGAGUCGUAUUGUUGCCCUACGACUGCUCAGGUUACCGGAAUUGCUCUCAUAUCAGUAACUGGUAUCUUGAUUAUUCCACUGCAUAUCUAUGUAUUUAUUGUGCUUGCAAAUGCACAUGCUGCGAAGAAUGUACGUGUUGAGAGCUACUGGGUGUUUCGAAAACGUUCUGUUCAGUUCUUUGCCAACUUGUUGUGCUUCUUUCUUGAAGAUGUUCCAUUUAUUGUUCUCACGGGAAUCUAUAUACAGGGAGUUGGAUAUGCAGAUGGCGUCUCUGUUGCUGCUCUAAUUGUUACUUUGUUGGGGGCAUUGGGCUUUAUAAGUAACUCUGCUGGACAGCGAAAGGGCGACAUUAGACGAUACUUUCAGUGGUUAAAAUUCAGACUUAAUCCAAGACAUUGCAUGAAGUCAGAUGAUGGUGAAAAUCAAGCCAGGGAGGAAAUGUCUGAAUUUGUAGCAGAAACAGAAUUAGGAAGUCAGUUUGGUGUUCAGGGCCAAUAUGUUUGUCGAUCACAUGGUGAAUCUCUCCCUUCUAUUAACAGCAGUAUAGCGUAUUCAAAGGCUCCAUCAAGUAUCAGUAAUGGAACAAACUCAAAAGCUUCUAGGAAAACAAUGGAAAUUCAACAAAAUUGGCAGGAAAGAGAAUCUGCUGUAAAUGGUGCUAUGCCUCUACCUCGGAAUUUUAGACAGCUAGAGCGGCCAAGACGAAGUGGACAACAGCGAUAUGACAACAAUUAUCUUGCCAAUCAAACAUAUUAUGAGUUGUCUGUUGAUCAACCAGUAAGGAAUGGUCAAACAAAUGGUUCUGACAGUCAGAAGAAAAUGAAGCGAAGACUUUCCAAUAAGCAGCGUAGUAGACAACAUUUGACUGAACGAGCUCUUGAUGAUUCUAGUGGGUCAGAUGAUGCAGAUAACAAAGACAUAUCAAACAGACCACCUUUCCGGCGCAGCGGCAGGAAGUCAAGGUCAGGAAGGAAACAACAAGAAGUAAGACAUGAUGAUGAGUUUGCAUAUGAUGCAACCUGGGAACGACCAGUAAGGCGACCUGGAACAUAUUGGUCAGAUGACGAUGCUACUAUACGAAGGAGUCGCAACAACCAUUCUCAGCAGAGAAGAGCAGGAGGUUUAUCAGUGGAAGUUUGACAUAUGUCAUUUCAGUUCUUUACACUUGGCAUUGACUUUAACUUUUGUAUUACUAUUCGAUUUUUACUUGUAACUUUGAUUCAAACAGGACAGACUGAUUGUUUCAGUAGAGAAUAGAUAUGCUGAUCAAAAUUUGAAUUCAGACAAAUUUCUAAGUCAAAAGUUAGUUUUCUGUUUCAUCUAUAAUGAUGCAUAUUGCUGGAAGAUGGGAGAAUUAUGCACGUUGAUGCCUACAUUAGGUGUGUACUUGGGUGUUUACAAGUUGCCAAGAAAUGACCAGGUGUGUAGCCUCGAAGUUCCAGACUGUCUGGAAAUUUGAGGGUAGUGUUAAUGCUACUAGUAACGUAAUGUGUAAAUGCUACUGAAUCAGUGUAUGAGCAAAUAUUGGUAUUUUAUUGUUUAAAUACACCUCU